UGCUGCCAGGUGGCAAUGUGUUUAAAAAACAGAACAAAUAGCACAACAAACUUGCUAAGAGCGACAAAAAAAAUCAAUUGCAAAAAUAACACUGUAAUAUCCAAAGCUUAAACGGCUGUCGUUGACAAUAAAAUAGUUGACAUUUAUUAAAUGAAUUAUCGAAUUAAGCAGCAAAUCAACCUAAAGGAACGCACUGUUGGAGUUCAUAGCAGUCUUUUUUUGUGCAUUUCGCGUUGGCAGUGAUUUUUUGCAAGUGCAAACGGAAAAGAAGAAAAAGAAAAAAAAUAAAGAAAAGCUGACGCUGCCGGUGCUAGCAUUUACCAAUUCAUAUAAAAAUUAGAUGUUUUGUUGUUGCUGCUGGUGUUGUUGUGUAUUGUUAAAUUGAAAGCAACCAUAUUGCUGCGCUGGAAACUAAAGCAACAACAACAGUAACAACAAAACCCAAAACGGCAACAACAACAUUAAAGAGAGCAACAAAACCAGCGCACGCAUCAAAGACGAAGACGACGAAAUGGCGUUAAAAAAAGUGAAGGGAAAUUUCGAGCGCAUGUUUGAUAAAAACUUGACAGAUUUGGUGCGCGGCAUACGGAAUAACAAGGAUAAUGAGGCCAAAUACAUAUCGCAAUGCAUUGAGGAAAUUAAACAGGAGCUCCGUCAGGACAAUAUCAGCGUCAAGUGCAAUGCUGUCGCCAAGCUGACCUAUAUACAAAUGCUCGGCUAUGACAUCUCAUGGGCCGGCUUUAACAUCAUUGAGGUGAUGAGCUCCUCGCGUUUCACAUGCAAACGCAUCGGUUAUUUGGCGGCCAGUCAAUGCUUUCAUCCAGAUAGCGAGCUGCUCAUGUUAACCACGAAUAUGAUACGCAAGGACCUCAACUCACAGAAUCAAUAUGAUGCCGGCGUUGCGCUCAGCGGACUAAGUUGUUUCAUAUCGCCAGAUUUGUCUCGAGAUUUAGCCAAUGAUAUUAUGACUCUGAUGAGCUCAACGAAACCGUAUCUUCGCAUGAAGGCGGUUUUAAUGAUGUACAAGGUUUUUCUACGCUAUCCGGAGGCCUUGCGACCAGCAUUUCCCAAGCUCAAAGAGAAGCUCGAGGAUCCCGAUCCAGGUGUACAAUCUGCCGCAGUGAAUGUUAUUUGUGAGUUAGCCCGUAAGAAUCCAAAAAACUAUCUACCCUUAGCUCCCGUAUUCUUUAAACUAAUGACCACAUCGACCAACAAUUGGAUGCUUAUCAAGAUAAUCAAACUGUUUGGCGCUUUAACUCCCUUAGAACCCCGGCUAGGAAAGAAAUUAAUAGAGCCACUCACAAAUCUAAUUCAUAGCACCUCGGCCAUGAGUCUGCUCUACGAGUGCAUCAACACGGUGAUCGCGGUUCUCAUCAGCAUCAGCAGUGGCAUGCCCAAUCACAGUGCCUCCAUUCAGCUGUGCGUUCAGAAACUCCGGAUCCUCAUCGAGGACUCUGAUCAGAAUCUGAAAUAUCUGGGACUCUUGGCCAUGUCAAAGAUCCUAAAGACGCACCCAAAGAGUGUGCAAGCACACAAGGAUCUGAUAUUGGCAUGCCUUGACGAUAAGGAUGAAUCGAUACGACUGCGCGCCUUGGAUCUACUUUAUGGCAUGGUAUCGAAAAAGAAUCUCAUGGAGAUUGUGAAACGUCUGCUCGGUCACAUGGAACGCGCCGAGGGAUCCGCGUAUCGGGAUGAGUUGCUCUACAAAGUGAUUGAGAUAUGUGCUCAGAGUUCCUAUCUAUAUGUGACCAAUUUUGAGUGGUAUAUGACCGUGUUGGUCGAGCUCAUCCAACUGGAAGCUGGCUCCAAGCAUGGUCGACUUAUUGCCGAGCAACUAUUGGAUGUGGCCAUCCGUGUUCCGGUUGUGCGACAAUUUGCCGUAAAUGAGAUGACGAAUCUCUUGGAUACAUUUGCCGUGUCCGCGCAGAGCAACUCCAUGUACGAGGUGCUCUAUGCCGCCGCCUGGAUCGUUGGUGAAUUCUCUGGAGAACUGACCGAUGCCGAGAAGACUCUCAACAUUCUUCUGCGACCGCGACAGUUGCCUGGUCACAUCCAAGGCGUCUUUGUGCAGAAUGUCAUUAAGUUGUUUGCUCGACUGGCGACCACAUGCCUCGAGCUCCAGGAUAUGUCCGCCCUUGUCCGUCUUUGCGAUCAUGUGCUGGAGAAGCUGCAGCAUUUCAAUGGCUCCAAUGACAUUGAGGUGCAGGAGCGGGCCAAUUCCGCCUGCAUGUUGAUCGAAAUGCUGCGCAAGCAGUUGACAAUAUCCGCGGAGGACACAACGAUACCCACGCUGGCCAUUGAGAUUGUGCAGGAGAUGGCGCUACUCUUUGCCGGCGAGCUCAUUCCUGUGGCGCCCAAGGCACAGCGCAAGGUUCCUCUCCCAGAUGGCCUCGAUUUGGAUGAAUGGAUCAAUGCGCCGCCGCCAGAAGAUGCCAGCAGUUCAUCUUCGGAGCAUGACAAGGAUGAAUUGUUCGUUAGCUCAUCGCAUGCCGAUGGCCAUGCAGGCACAGGUGGAGAUGGUGGUGGAGGCGGUGGCAGUGGCAGCCAUACAGGUGGCAAGCGACGCACUAGUCUGGAGCUGACGCCAGAGCAAAUGGAACGGCAGCGAAUGGCGCGUCUCAUUGAGCAAUCAAAUAAUCCGCAUUACUUGAAAUCAACUCCUGCUUCAAACGCCGUCGGCAGCAGCAGCAACAACUCGAAUGCGGAUCAAUAUGACAAUAUCGAUGAUAUACCCAUCACAGAACUGCCCCUGGACAUUGAGGGCGUGUCAGCUUUGCGUGUGGGCAUUACCAAGCGAUCUGAUAAAUACCUGCAAGAGCAACAGCAGCAACAACAGGCAGCGCACGGCAGCAGCAGCAGCAGCAAAGAUGCCAAAAAGAAGCAUAAAAAGAGCAAAAAGAGCAAAAAAUCAAAAAACAAAGUUGCCUACAACAGCAGCUCGGAAUCGGAGGGCGAACCGAAACCGUUGCAUAUUGUGAACACAACGCUGGACAUGCCCGAAGGUGUAACAAUGUCCGACAGCGAGGACAAGGAUGGCAAAUACGAUCCAAACGAUCCACAUCGUGCGCUCGACAUUGAGCUCGAUAUUGCUGUUUUUGAGGCGCCUGCAAAGACGUCAAAGGUUGUGGCAAGUGGCAGCCGCAGCAAGGCUGACAAGGAGAAUCUCAAGGCGCCAACGGAAGUGGAAGUAAGAGCGGGAGCGGCAACAACAGCCAGCUCAAAGAGUUCGGGCAAAAAGGAAAAGAAAUCAAAGGAGCAUAAAACACGCAAAGUCCAACCUGUGGCCGAUUUAAUUGAUACGGGCAGCAGUCCAUGCAGGACAACAGCAACAACAACAACAACGGAGGAUAAUGGAGGCGCCAACAACAACAAUAUUAUACUAACCGAUGCUGUGCACAAUCAGCACAAAAAGAAGAAGCGCGAGAAGAGUGAACGAAGCGAGAAAAGUGCACACAAAUCAAGCAAAGCAACAAAAACAACAACAUCAACUGAUGGUGCAACAACAACAGUUGCAACUGCAACCGCCAACAUUAUUGAUAUGGAUGUGGAUCUGGCAGCUGUUGGACAAACGGAAGUGGAAGCAACAGCAGCAAUUGUCAAGUCGCAUAAGAAGAAGCAUAAAAAAGAGAAAUCACAACACAAGGAGAAGCGAACGCAUAAGUCGGCAAUUGGAUCCGAUUAUGAACAACCGCUAGGUAUUUCGACGCCAAGCAAAGAGAUUUUCUAGGUACUAAGUACACAUGCACACAUGCACACAACACACCAACACACACACACACCAUAUACAUUUCCAUUUCCAUCAAUUGUCCCCAUGCAAUAUGUACAUAAGUGCAUAGUUAGGAACUGUUGUCAUUAAGUUGAUAGAAUGCCUAUUCCUACUCCUAAACCUACUCCUAAUUGUAAUCCAAGAUCCUUCUACGUCUAAAUUAUCGCUGCGAUAAAAAACAAAAUGUAACACGAAUUGAACAAAUGCUAUUAAACAAAAAAAGAAAAA